CCAACAUGGAUAUUAAAUUGCUCGCUGCAGCAUUUCAAAUUACAUCUAGCUCUGCUCCGCGAGUUGGGGAAUCAUGGAAACGUUGCCUGUCGUACUUGUCGCUUUUCUGGCUCUGUGCAUGAUGCCUUUCGCAUUUGGUCUUGAAUGCUAUGCGUGUACCAACCAGCCAGGACUUCCUGGAGGAAACAGUUGUGAAAGGGACAAAGCUGAGAAUAUUACUUGCGAUACGUUAGGGUUACUCGAUAGAUGCAUAACAGUGAAAUACACCACGUCUCUUGGACAAUUGGGCUCGAGGUCACUCGAGCUAAGGAACUGUUCCAACAACAUUUCGUGUGACCCGAACAGUCAGUUCUAUAUCUGCAAACUGGUCAACCAGACGGGAAACUUGACCAAUUGUUCAGCUGACUGUUGUGACGGCGACCUGUGUAACAAGAUCCCAGAGACAACAGCAAAACCCCAGCCACCAGCUCUUGAAUGCUAUGCGUGUACUAACCAGCCAGAACUUAUUGGAGGAGCCAAGUGUGAAAGCGACAAAGCUGAAAAGAUUACCUGCGAUCCGUUAUUGUUCAAUAGAUGCAUGACAGUGAAAUACACCAUGUAUCUUGGACAAUUGGGCUCGAGGUCAGUCGAGCAAAGGAACUGUUCCAACAGCGCUUCGUGUGACUCGAACAGUCAGUUCAAUACAUGCAAACUGGUCAACUCGACGGGCAUGGUGACCGAUUGUUCACUUGACUGUUGUGAAGGCAAACUGUGUAACAAGGUUCCGGAGCCAACAACAAAAAUCCAACCAACAAGUGAGGCCUUUGGAUUGGUUGCAAGCUUUGGCGCCAUUUUGUUUAGUUUUGUCCUGAACAUGUUUGCUUAACCUUGUAUCCAUCUUUUGUUUUGUUACUUAUUAAAAAGUCCGAUUCUUAAAACGUUUAACAAAU